AUGAUUAAAUUAAAUCUUCAGUAUCAUUAUUUAUUAUUCUUAUUUUAUAUUAAUUGUAUCUCUGGUCAAAUAUGUCAAAAUAAUAUUGCAGAUUUUUUUUACAAUGUUAAUUUUGCUGGGCCAUUUUUUGAUCAAACAGUAUAUACAGUACUAUCAAAUUUUUCUGUAUCAACUCCAAAUAAUACACAAGUAUUCAACUUUAUUGUUAAGCCUCAAACAAUUGACACUCGACCAAGUUUUAUUCCAAUAACAAUUAGUAAUCGCGCACGUGAUAUGACAUUAGGCAAUAUUAGUGUAACAUCAAGUCAUCCAAGUUUCACUGUUGUUAAUUUAGCAAAUGAUUCUUAUGCUCUUCUUACCAAUACUUUUCCUUUGAAUUAUUUUUCACCUUAUAAUCGUUAUUUAUUUCAAUUAAUUGCAAAACAAACAUUUUCUAAUCGACCACCAGUAACUUCAAUAGCACAAGUUCAAAUAAAUUUAGAAAAUGAUAAUGUUCAUGAUCCAAUGUUUAUUCCUAAUAAUCAAAUAUUUUAUAUAAGUGAAGCAGCUCAACUUGGUACACAAUUUGGUACAGUUUAUGCUAUUGAUCUUGAUAAUGAUGAAAUAAUAUAUUCCGUACAUUGUAUACAAUUUUGUAUUGAAUCAACAACAGGUGUUUUACGACUUGAAAAACCAUUUGAUUCAUCAUCACAAUCCGAAUAUUUUAUUAAUGUGACAGCAACAGAUAGUGGUUCAUCUUGUUCAUCACGUCCCUUAUGUCGUAAACGAACAAAAUCAAUCAAUAUUAGAAUUAUUGUAACAGCAGUUAAUAGAAAUUCACCACGAUUUAUAAAUCCAUUGUGUGGUAAAAAUAUAUCAUUUGAUGAAAAUAAUACAAUUGGACAAGAAAUUGUUUCAUUAAUUGUAUUCGACAGUGAUCGAGGAGAAAAUGGAUUGAUUAAUAUAUCAUUUCCAUCUGAAGAAUUAAGAACAACAGUAAGUGGUUUAAGAAAUACAGCUUAUUCUCAGUUUUAUAUUGAACAAUUGGAUCAAAUUAAUACAACUCGUAUGGCUGUACUUAGAGCAGAUGAAAUAUUUGAUUACGACAAACCAGGUAUGACAAAGAGCAAGAACUCACUCACGAGGAAAAUCUCCCAAAUGAUUAAUGAAUAUCCAGAAAAGAAUUGGCAUCCAUAUCUUAUUGCUGGUAUUUCUACUGAUAACCACGGUGCUACUCGAGUUUGGUAUUUAUUUAUAUUAGCUAACGAUAACGGCAAACCUCAAAGACAAGCAUUUUGUAGUUUACGUAUUAAUUUACAUGACGUCAAUGAUAAUGCACCAGUAUUCAUAAUGACAUCAUGGAAUUAUAUAAUAUAUCGUUCAUCUAUGAAUAAAACAAAUACUCGUUUUUUACGUAUAAUUGCAUCGGAUGCUGAUUCGGGUUUAAACGGUAUGAUUAAUUAUUAUAUCGGAACAGCUCAUGUUCCAUACUUUUCAAUAAUUCGUACAACAGGAACAAUUAUACUUCGUAGUGAUAUUUUCGGAAUAUCUUAUUUAAAUAUGAGCUAUUUUCCAAUAACAUUUUAUGUUUAUGCGCAAGAUCGUGGUACACCACCAUUAAUGAGUAAAAAUAAUGCAACGGUAACUAUUUAUUUGAAUGAUAGUGAUGAUCCUCCAGCAGCACGAUGGCUGGAUACACGUUAUGAAGAAUUAAAUAUUUCGAUAACAGAAAAAUUUUAUGAAAAUUAUCGAAAUCAACCAAUAUUUGAUUAUAAUUAUGGAUUUAAUGGAUCUAUUAUAUAUGAAUUAACAUCACAAACAUCAUCUAUUAUGACAGUCAGUAGUCCAUUUCUUGAUAAUACAAAUAUACCAUUUCGUGAUAUACCUGUUGUAAGAAACGGACGAAUAUUUAGAAGUGGUAUUACUGUAACUAGUGGUCUUCAUGCUGAAAUUCAAAACGUUUAUUUACUUUAUAUUCGUGUACUUGUUAAUCCCCCAUUAAUUGGUUCAAUAAUAAUAAGAUUAAAAGAUGAAAAUGAUCAAAUUCCAACAUUUGAUAUACGUUCAAUUGUUUUAAGUGUUAUUGAAAAAGAAUAUGGAAAUCGUAUAAUUGCACAAAUUCAAGCAUUUGAUCGUGAUAUUGAUUAUCAAAAUAGUUAUGUUCAAUAUCGUUUAAAUGAACGUUUAAGUGAUAAUGAAGCUCUUGGCAAUUUUCAUGUUGAACAGGAUGGUACAAUAUGGACAAAUACUAUAUUUGGAGAACAAACUAAUAAAACAUUUUAUCGAUUAUUUAUAACAGCAUAUAAUGAUGUACCAGCAUGGAAUUCACCAACACAAAAUUCACAAGAUUUUCAGCUUGAUAUUCAAGUCAUAAGUAUUAAUGAUAAACGACCAGUUUUUAAUAAUGGAUUAACAUUGAUAAGUAUUUUAAUAAAUGAAACAUCAAUUAAUGGAACUAAUAUUCUUAAUAUAACAAUAGUUGAUUUAGAUAUUAAUACAAAUCUUAAUUUGGGAAUAUUAAAUGGAAAUUUUCGAAAUACUUUUAUUUUUACUUUAUUAUCAGAUAAUUCAUAUAAUUUAACACGUACACAAUAUGAAGCUAUAGGACAACUAAUAGUUAUUGGUCCAUUAGAUUAUGAAUUAAUAUCAGAUUAUAAACUUGUUUUAUUUGCAUUUGAUACAAAAAAUAUAGCAACAAUUAAUGUAACAGUUAAGUUACAACCACAAAAUACAAAAGCUCCUUAUUUUGAUAUCAUGCCUGGUUCUACUUCUUAUCAAUAUCAAGUCUUUGAAGAAACUCCAUGUCCAAUACUCGAUGAAUCUUGUAUUCAAGCAAUUGAUCCUGAUUAUCCAAAAUCGCAUCUUCAUUAUGAAAUCUAUGAUACUAAUUAUCGAUUAAAUUUAAAUAAUCUAUUUCUAACUCAAUCAAAUAAUUGUGUGUCAAUAGGUAUUAAAUCGCCUGGUCUUUCUCGUGAUUUACCAUUUGGUGAUUCUGUAUAUAAUUUUGCAAUACGUGUUAUUGAUGAAGAUGGAUUAGGCGUGUCAAGUUAUAUACCAGUUAGUAUUAAAGUAAUUGAUGUAAAUAAUAAAGCACCAAUGCCAACGAAUUUUCCAUGGAUUUUCAAACAAGGUAUCAAUCCAAGUAUUGAAGUUAUAUUCAAAGAUUACGAUGAUCCAAAAGAAAAUAAUACAAUUCCUUAUACAGUUAAAAUUGUUCAUCCGUCAAAUUUUAAACUUAUUGGUCCAACAAUAAACUUCAAUGGAUCUUAUAAAUUGAUAUAUAAUGGUAUGUUAAAUCGUACAUUAACAAAGAAUUUAACUGUUACAUUCCAUACAAGUGAUCAUAAAGGUUUUUCUAAAAUAACAACAAUUCCAAUUAUAAUACGUGAUGAAUUAAAUAUAUAUCCAAUAUCGAAUGCUUCUAAAACCAUCAAAAUUAUUUAUGUAAAUGAUUAUCAAAAUUCAUUACGUAAUAUUGAUCUUGGUUCAAUUUAUGUUAAUGAUUUAAAUGAUUGGUUUCAUUCUAAUAGAAUUUAUUCAGUAAGAUAUGUUAGUAAUGGACAAAUAUUUAAUGUUUCAAAUGGUUUUUUACGUACAUCAGAAGCAUUAUAUCCGGGAUCUUAUACAAUACAUGUUGAAGUUACAAAACCUAAUGUAAAAUUAUCAGCUUUUAGUAAAAUUUAUCUUGAAGUAGAAACUAUUAAUAGUGAAUAUGUUCGAGAAGCAUCAACCAUUCGUAUUCAAGGUGAAUAUCCUGAAACAUUAAUUGAUCCAACACUUGGUUAUCCUCUUAAUAAACUUCAAAAUGCACUUGUAUCAUUAUUAUCUGUUACAAUCAAUUCAAUAAAAAUACUUGCAAUUCGUCCUGUUUUUCAAUAUCGAAGUUCAUAUUAUCCACCAAAAACUUUCGAACUUGACAAAAAUGAAACAUUAAUUGAUGUUAUAUUUUAUGUACCAAAUUUUAAUAAGUUCGAAGUUGAAUAUAUUCUCAAUGCAAAUCUUAAUUUAUUUGAAUCACGCUUUAAAAUAAAAGCUAUAGCUAGUGGACCAAAUCCUUGUAACAAUUAUGUUUGUCCUACGGGUACAAGUUGUCGACCAACACGAACAAUUCAUCCAAAACCUUCUACUAUUGAUACAAAUUUAACAUCGUUCGUUGGUAUUAAUAUUCUUGAUUCAGCUGAUUGUAUAAAUUCUACUUAUACUGUUAAUUUAAUAAAUAAACCAAAUGAAUGUAUUACUUCUACAUUUAAUAAUUUAACAUAUUGUUCAUCGAUAUCAUUAUUAUCUUAUGGUACAAUAGGACCAUGUUGUGAAAUACUUGGACGAACAUUUAAUGAAAAUGGUGAUGGAUAUGCAAUAUAUGCUGGUACAAGAUUUUCUAAUAUAGCUCCAGCACGUUUUUCAUUUGAUUUUAUUCUACGAUCACCAAUAAUUGAUGGUUUAAUUUUAUUAUAUGGACGAAAUUUACCACCAAUAAAUGAUUUUUUUUGGAUAGCUAUUGAAAUUUAUCAAACAAAAUUAAAAUUUCAUUUUCGAAAUACAAAAAUUCAUACAGAUAAAACUAUAUUGAAUCCAUUAACAUGGUAUCAUGUUGAAUGCCAGUUUAUUGAUUCCAUGGUUCUUCUAUCAGUGAAUGAUUGUCAAUAUGGUUUAUAUUUAGUAAAUAAUACUUUAAAUACAUAUAAUCUAUCAACUGUUAAAUUAUAUCUUGGUGGUUUACCUAUGACUGAUUCACUUUUAUCAAGUCUUUAUUCAUCAUUACCAUCAAUAAAUACAUUUAAUGGUUGUAUACGUAAUGUUUUAUCAAAUGGUUAUUAUCUUGAUAUGUCUAAAGAUUUAUCAUCAGCUAAUUCAAAUUAUGGUGAAUGUCCAUGUUCAAUUACAAAUUCAUGUAUUACAAAAGAACAUGUUAUAGAUAUUAUUAUACCUUGGUACACGUGGUUAAUUCUUGUACUUGUUUUAUUAUUAUUAGCCACAAUAUUUUCAAUAGUUUUAUUGAUACUUACAAGAAAAAGAAAACAAUUGAAAACAUUAACAGGUUUAUAUAUGCAUGAUACAAGAGAUGAUAUUAUUAGUUAUAAAGACACUGCCGGCGAAGAAGAUCAUUCGAGAUAUAACCUACGUGUAUUAAAAAGACCAAUAUAUGAUUUACAAGAUAGUAAUAUUAUAUCCCAUAAUAGCAUAUCAAGUUAUCACGCUUCAAGGGUUUAUCUUCGACCAUCACUUAGUGAUUAUAUUGAGAAAAAACUUGAUGAACAAGUUAUAUCAUAUGCAAAUGAUACAAAAUUACAUUAUCAAUAUGAAGGUGAAGGUUCUAUAGCAUCAGAUUUAAGUUCUAUGGAAUCUUUAUCUUUACAAGAUGAAAAUGAUUAUAGAUUUUUGUAUUCAUUGGGACUAAAAUUUUCACCUUUAGAAGAUCGAUAUUCUGAUCACGUUCAGAAUAAUAAUAAUAAUAAUACUUAG